CGGAUAAAAAUGGAAAUAAUUGAAGAACAAUUUACACUUUCACAAUGAUAGAACAUCAAUUCUAGCUUUAUCAGGACUUGAAUCUCAUAAACCCAUAAAAAAGUUGAAAUAAAAAAUUAAAAAAAAAAGGCCCAUUAAAGAGCAAGUAGGGAGCCUUCGAUAUAACACAAAAUUUGGCAAUCCUCUUCUUCAGCCAUCAGAACCAACGCAAAGGUUCCAAAUUUCGAUCAAAAACCCAAAACCCACUUUUGUUUUCACAUUUAUGUCGUCAUCAGAUUCACAAAGUUCUCUCUUUCAAAUUUUUUAGUAAUCUUCAAGGAAGAAGUUAUUGAGCUGGAACUUUUCGAUCAUGGAACGUGGCAAUUCAACGUUUGAACAAUGUUAUCGAUGUUACCCUGUCUCUUUCAUUGAUAAGGCGCAUCUAGAGAAGGGAGAUAAAGUUAUUAUGCCUCCUUCGGCCCUUGAUCGUCUUGCAUCCUUGCAUGUUGAGUACCCAAUGUUAUUCGAGUUGACUAAUGCUUCAGCUGAACGAGUUUCUCAUUGUGGGGUUUUAGAAUUUGUUGCAGAUGAAGGCCUGAUAUACUUACCAUAUUGGAUGAUGGAGAACAUGCUCCUUCAAGAGGGAGAUAUUGUGCAGGUUAAAAAUGCUAGCUUAACAAAGGGAACUUAUGUCAAACUGCAGCCGCACACUAAAGACUUCUUAGACAUCUCCAACCCCAAAGCAAUCUUGGAAACUACACUGAGGAGUUACUCUUGCUUAACCGUUGGUGACACUAUCAUGGUCCCUUAUAACAAUAAAAAGUACUAUAUUAAUAUAGUUGAAACAAAACCCUCCCCAGCAGUCAGUAUCAUUGAAACUGAUUGUGAGGUGGACUUUGCCCCUCCUCUUGAUUAUAAAGAACCUGAAAAGCCAGCUCCCUCUCUACGGUCAAACAAGAUGCCACCUGAAGUUGAAGAAGAGCCACCAAGAAAAAUUCCUAAGUUCAGCCCUUUCAGUGGUUCAGCAAGGCGCUUGGAUGGCAAACCCUUGAUGCAACCAGCUGCACUGCCUAUCUCUCGCAUGCUGAAACCACAUAAUUCAAAUGUUGCUAAUGAAACUGUUGCUUCCAAGACAGCGAGCUCUACUUCAAGUCAACAAUCUGGAAAGCUUGUGUUUGGUUUGAAUGGAAAUCAGCCCCCAAAGGAAGCAACAAAAGUUGCCAUGAAGAACAGUCAAGAUGCGCCUAAAGAGGAGAAACCAAAGUUUCAAGCCUUCACAGGGAAAAAGUAUUCACUGAAAGGAUGACCGCACUCAAACUUUUCUAUGGUACAUCCUUCUUUGAUAUUUCAAAUAGCCCAUUUUUGUUGAUUGAAGACCCUUCCUUCAAAAGGUCCCAGAAACUUCUUCAGGGUUUUUUGCUGGUAUAUAUUUAAAUAAUUAUAUUCAGAUUGAUUCAAAAAUUAUUAUGCUCAUAGGGCACUUGAAUGGUUAAAAUGUCAAGGGUACAAGAGACUUGCAAGACUAUAUAAACAAGAUAUUUAAGUUAUUUUGUUACAUAUAAAGUUGAAAAUCAGCAGUUUUUUAAGACAUUUGUGGUCUGUGGAUGUGUUUCUCUUAUUUCUUUCUACCAUCUCCCAGAAUCAGAUGCCUUUUGUUCCCUU